GGAAAAACGGUAAAACACGAUGUGCGAUGGGGAGCGGCGAAAAGUCUGGUACCGGCUCGAUGUUUUGCAGGACAAAUCCUGUAAGGUUCGAGGCGGUGACUCGACUUGCAUUAGAUGUCGGAACUGAGCAGUAAAACGACACGAGUGUGAAAAAUAACAGUUAUCUUCUAAUGUGAGGUUCAAAGAUCGUAAGAUUUUUCAAUGCGUGUGAAAGAGCACCCCACUUCAGCUGAGAUGGGCAAGAAACGCAAUAAGACCAAGCAAAACGACUACCAUAACACAUCCGACGAGGAUAUCUUAAAAGGAAAGACCUGUGCUCACAUCGAGAAAGCUGUCAAUUUAUCGGGGGUCAAGAAGGGUCUCAAGCAAGCUGGUGGAUUCUCCAAGCUUGGGCAGUGCUUGUCAUGUGUGAAUGACAAAGGAGCAGCAGACAAGCAGUCAGCAGCCUCCAGCGAUGACAGCGUGGAUCAUCCUGGCAACACCACCUGGCUGUGUCUCGUCUGCGGUAACCAGGGCUGCGGGCGCGGUUCCCAGCACCAGCAUGCGCUCAAGCACUACGAGACCCCGCGGAGUACCAGCCACACCUUGUCGCUCUGCCUGGACAACAUGGCCGUCUGGUGUUACAAGUGCGACGAGAGCGUCUACCCGGACGACAGUCGUAAGCUGCUGGAAUGCGUGGAGUGGAUCCGUAAAGAAAUGGGGGCUCCUAAACUGCCCGUCAUAAAGAAGAAAUCUAAAGACUCUGACAGUGAGUCCACCCCAGUCAAAGUCCCAUCGGUCAGCAGUGUUGGAAGCACCAACAGCAUUAAAUCGGACGGAAUAACACGAGUUAAGGGUCUGAACAAUCUCGGGAACACAUGCUUCUUCAAUGCUGUCAUGCAGAAUAUCACCCAGACCAACGUCCUCCGGGAACUGCUGCAUGAGAAGUGGACCGUCGGGAAGGAGGUCAGCGUUCCGGACGACACCCACCUAGCCGUCACACUCAACACCGACCCCGUCGGACAGAUGCACUUUUCAUUUGAAACGCCCAAGAAGGCGGAGGAACUCAUUGAACCUGUGGCGCCAGUUACUGUCAGUCUUCCGGCGCCGGGGUCGUUGACCUCGUCCCUCAUCAGCUUCCUGGACGAGAUGAACAAGGCGGGCAAGAGCACCAUCAUCAACCCACGAGGGCUGUUCAACCAGAUCUGCCAAAAAGCCUCCCGGUUCAAAGGUUACCAGCAGCAGGACAGUCAUGAGCUUCUCCGGUAUCUGCUGGACGGAAUGAGGGCUGAGGAGAUCAAGAGGAUGCAAGAGGCCAUCUUGGCGCACUUUGACAUCAAGGGGUCAAAGGUCAAGAACCUGGACGAGGCCACCAAGAAGAAGAUCAAAGCCUACGGCCAGCAUUGCAGGCACACGUUUGUGGAUAGCGUGUUUAGCGGUCAGCUGCUCAGCUCAGUUCACUGUAACGAAUGCCUUGUGGUAUCCGAAGUACUGGAGCCAUUCCUUGAUCUGUCUCUGCCCAUUGUUGAAUCUAAGGGCAAAAGGAAUACCGCACCCCCUCGGCCAUCUGAAAAACAGACACUCCUGGAAAAGAGUUCAGAGGUCGCAGCGCCGGCUGCCCAGGCGACGGGGUCAAAGGACAGCGAGAACAAACAGAGCAAGCACCAGAUACAGAAAGCACGCGAGAAGGCUAAACGGGAUGCAAAGCGGAAACAUCGGAAAUCUCAGAGCAGUCAAAAUGAUUCAACCAAUCAGGGUGGAGUAGCGGGAACUCCCGCCCAAUCAGAUGAGGACGAGGCAUUCCAAGAUUCAAAUGAUGCCGACAGUGAGACGUCACUCUUUGAUCGUCCGGGUCGGAAAAGCAGCGUGGAUUUCACCAGAACCGUUCGGACGACGGGAUCCUCCUACGGUCUUUCAAACAAAGCGAACAAUCCCGGAGUGGAGGCUAGCAAAGACAAAACAUUGUCGGGUGGGGCAGCAAAAGAUGAAUCAAAUCCAGGAAGGACUAAGAACCACCAGGGCCCGCCGGAAAUCGACACGGACGAAGAAACUGACAAUCUCGUCGGCCGCAUGAAAGGCGUGACGCUGAACGAAAAGACUGCGGCGGCGAAAAACCUUCCCACCACAAGCAAAACAACUCUCGCAGCCACCUCGUCGGAGAACACCAACGAGAAUGUCUCCGAAUUGGCCCGAAGCAGCUCUGAUUCCCACGGGAGCACGUCGAAACUGGCCGACGAACAAACCUCAAAACCGGAGCGCGUAGCUUGUAACGGACUCGGCAGCAGUACAGGAGACAGCACGAGCAGUACUAAAGACACCAUUGUCCCCGCCAACCCUAAGAACCAAUCUGAGGUCACGGAGAGCGUCUCGGAAGCGAACAAGUCCAACGUCGCCUGCGGCUACACCCCGGCAGUCCGGCUGGCCAAGCAAGAGGACUUCUCUCCUCCACUCUCCCCGGCCUCGCCGACCCGCUCUCGCGUCAUGUCCACCCUGGCCCCUCGCUACCAGGGCAAGUCGCUGGAGUGUUCGGUGGAGUCCUGUCUCAGUCAGUUCACGGUGCCGGAGUGGCUGACGGGAGCCAACCGGUUCGGCUGUGAGCACUGUUCCAAAAACACUGAUAAGGACAAGGAAAAGAAGGUUGUGUACACCGACGCCAGCAAGCAGCUCCUUAUCCACCAGCCGCCGUCAAUCUUAACACUUCAUCUCAAGCGAUUCCAACAGGUUGGGUACUCGUUACGGAAGAUCACUCGUCACAUCAACUUCCCAUUGGUCCUUGAUCUAGCACCCUUCUGCAGCACCUCAUGUAAACCUUACAGUGACAGCAGUCAGCAGGUUCUGUACGCCCUUUACGGCAUCGUUGAACACAGCGGGCGGUUGCACUUCGGCCACUACACGGCCUACGUCAAAGUCCGACAGCCUAGUGACCCGUUGCGGCAGUACGUCCACCGCAUCCCACGCAACCUGAACAGCAUAAACGAGCAGUGGAACAAGACCAACGGCUUAGUCAACGGGGAGGACUGCGGGGCCGGCUCUGCUGCCAUGGCAACUGCUUCCUUAAACUCGCACGACAGCCACAACGCAGCAACUACGUCGUCGGCGAAACGAAAGAUCACGCCGCCGGAAGGUAAAUGGUACUACAUCAGUGAUUCGCACGUCAGCGAAGUGCAAGAAUCCAAGGUACUGGCCGCGCAGGCGUACAUACUCUUCUAUGAGCGAAUACUAUAGUGUCUCUUUCAGCAUCGCUGUUGCAGAAGCGAAACUUUCAGGUGUAGCAAUACGGAGAAAUCGGAUGAUCCGAAAUUGACAAUCCACCUCCAAGUGUGAAAAAGUGUGAUCCAUAUGUGUCAUCCCUAACUUAGACUUUUCCCUGGCUGUGCCGUUUUAGGUUUGUGUAGAUAUUCAAUUCCGUAUUCCAUAGCUGGAGAAGACGCUGAGGCGUACUGUCGUUUGGUUUCCAACCCCCUGUGUUAACACCCAUAUAUAUUGCAUUGUCUUUCUAUGUAAAUACUCAAUGUACUAGCUCUCAAACUACACAGUAUUUGGAGGGUUUUUUACACCAACUUCGGGACAAGUGCAGGGGUGGAAAGAAUAUUUAACAAUUGAGAUACUCAAAAUUUUCUGCUAAGAGAGUUGAGCUUUGCUUACUUUGAAAUUGAAAAAAAUUACUGUGAUAGCAAACAGUCUCAUGCUUCAUUAAAUUGGGUGCAUCUAGUGGUCCCCCAUUCUUCCAUGAUAUAUUUCCCCACCAUUAAAAAGAAACAAGUCAUGUAGCGAUACCAUAUCCAUAUCCAUAUAUAAAAAAUAUAAUAAUUCCCUCGGGUGUGGAAAAAAGAGGAUUAUUGAACAAGUUUUGGUUUACAAAUGUGUGAUUUGUAUUUUACGCCCCCAAAUGUCGUCUCUGAACUUUAGACGAAAGUAUAUUUGUAUUUAGAUUUUCAAAUGUAGGAAUGUUGAAUCCGGAAUGUUUUCCACUUUACUGAUAAAGUUGGAUAUUGUGCUGACAUUAACUUGUAUGAAAUUGUUGAACAUUUUUGUAUAGAUAUUUUUCUGGUAAAGUUACAACAGAUCAUUACCUAAAAUAUUACUUAAAACCGCAAAUACAAACUGUUUUUAAACCUCCUUUAUACUAGUUUAGAAUUAUCACCCACACAUAAAUUAUUAAUCUUAGGUAAUUGUUUCCCCCAAGGAAAAACAACAGCCUGCUCCAACAAACUGAGGGUUUAUGUCAGACUACAGUGUUUUACAGCAAAGCAAAUCAGAGUUGAUUUCCACUCUGGCUUGGGAUUUAGAUUGUACAUCUUGCAUUUACACAACUUUCAUGUCAUUCUUUGUUUCAUUUUUUCCCCUUCAAACUUUACUCAUCCCUUUUUUGGCUUCCGGAAUUAAAUGAUGAUUCGGAACCCUAAUAUGUCAUUGGAAUACUCUAACGUUUUCAUUCAGUAUUACAGCCAAAAUCUCACUUUUUGGGGGAAAUUGCUGAGCUAAGCCUCAUUUUGUUGGAGCAGGUCCUGUGUGAGCAGAUGAACUUGGAUAGGUUGGUGUUCGUAGCUGUUAAAUGUUAUAUAUUUCAUGUAUCACAAGUUUCACAACACUUACUGUGUAGCAUUUAGCACUUGUAUUUGUGAUGGAGAUAGCGUGGUCAACUAAGUUCAUGUCAAUUGUGAUUGGCUGUUCAUUGACCAAUCAAUGAAGGUGUGUGACGGAAUAGUGAAGGAAUUAUAUCUAGGCCAAAUAUGGUGACAGGAUGGAUUGUGCAGAAUGAUUAAAUUGUCGUCAAGUCUUUUAUUGAACGAUAAAUAGUUUAAACAAUGUUUGUCCUUAAGAUUCAGCAGGGGUGUGAAAUCUCAGCUUUAAAACUGAUUUCAGCUUUUUUUUCCCUCACUUGCUGUGUACAAAAGUAUAGGAGAUUUCCAAAGUUCAGCUUUUUUGUUCUGAUUGUCUUCCACAAUGGAAACCAGGCUGUAUCUAGUAUACGUUGCAUAGUGAGAGUAUUUUCCCAUGGCGGGUGUGAAACCGCCGUGGGCUUGAGCUACUUAUGUUGGUUGGUGGGUGGCUGGGUAUGUUGGUUGGUGGGUGGGUGUGUUGGUUGGUGGACACUUUACUCGGCCAUAUAUGGUAUUCAUGCAACUCGAGUAUUACAGCUUUGCUGUGCAUGCGUCUAAUUUGCAUAUUUUUGCAUAUUAGAUCACGCCCCAUUUGUUUUUCAUUUUCUGUACUCGCGAGGUACCGGUACGGCCAGGUGCACGGACGGUGCCGAAAGUCGUCUUCACGUUACCCGGCCGCUGUGGGUUGUACCACUUGGUACUUGUUAGAUUUUAAGCAGACCCUUUUAUUCAUUACAAAACUUCCGAUCUGAGCACGCAAAAUAAUUUCAGUUGAACACUCUUAAGGCUUGAUUUAAGUUUAAGAAAAUAUUUGAAGACAAAAAAAUUUGAAUAAAUAUUGUUAUUAGUAUGUAUGGAGGUUGUGCCAAAAGAAAAUAUCCCCUUCCAUUUUAUUUUGUAAUUUAAUUUGACGAACAACUUUUUUUGCAUCAACUUUUAUAGUACUAAGUUGAGAAAAUGAAGUUUAAAAGCCACCUAGACUUGAGUUAUGUUUUAUGUUGAACUUGAAAGAGGAGACGAAACAUGUGUUUAAUACUAGUGGUCAAAGUUGUUUAUAUUUUGUUUAUAUUUUGCAGAGUUUAUAUAUUUCAAGAAGUGCUCAGGAAAAGAAAUGAAUAGUGUCCUAAACUGUUUGAAUAUUAUUAUUCUAUAUCUUUGGUGAAUUUAUAUCCCUGCUUUGUGUGGAAUUUGAAACUUCAGUGAUUAUUCAUACUUUAUCUUGUGUAGCCUUUCUAAUUGGUGGGUGGUUGUCAUGGUAACUCCAAAGAAACAAUGUACUUACAGGUUGGUAGCUUUAGUUAUAUGCAAAAAGAUUAAGUAUUGUUUCUGAUUGUAAUACAAAUUUUAAGAAUGCCGAUUUGAAAGAUAUCGUAAAAUGAAAGUUUCAGACAUUAAUGUAUUUUUUAGAGAACUGCUUAAUUCAUAGGAUCUUUCGUACAAGUAGUUCUUUCAAUUCUGUUUUUACAUCAAAUGGGUGAGAGUUUCCAUAAAGAUUAUUUUAACAUUGUUAAUCCCCAAAAUCAAAAUGCUUAGGAAACCAAAAGCACUACGUAGGUUAACAAAUAAUUGUACACAUAAAUAUUAAAAGGAAAUUGUAGUCGGUUAAUUCCAUCUUGUAAAUGUUAUGUUCCAGGCAAAAAUAUUUUAUGGUCGUUGCAGCUGUGAAGUACAUGUACAUUGUAUUUUGAAUUUGUUUAUUUUCCCUGAAUUUGUAUUUUUUUAUAAAACAUUCUUUUGAAGUUAACUUGACAAAUCGUUAUGUUUAUAAUGACACAGUUGAAUGAGUUGACAAUUUGAUGUUGAAAUUUGAUCUUUGUAUUUGGUUGCUUUCAAAAUUGAUAUAAACAUUGAAAGAAAUCAAGCUUUUUGUCAAUUUGUGAAUUUAUUCAACUCUGAAGUAUUAUUCAACUCUGCACUUACUUAUCCACAACUUUCGACAAAUUCUAUGAAAUGUACACUCGGCAAAGGGGUUAAAAGGGUUUUGUUUUUAAACUGUGUCCAAUUUGAGCUUUUUUUGUCUUGGAUGACGGAAGACAUUACAUACAAUGGUGAUACGUUAUGUACACAGGAAAGUUGUAAGAUUUUGUUUAUAUAAACAUUAAAAAAAGGAAAAGAUGUACAUUA